GAAAGUAUUAUUCUUCCAAAAAAACUUGUCAUAUCUUUUUCUGUACGGUGCUAAAUUACCGUAAAACGAUUCAACAGCUGUAAAGAAGGUAUCCCGGGAUUGCGUUUUUAUGAAGCUAUAUAGCCUUACCCUGUGAAAAGCUAUGCCAAUAUCAAACAAUUAUAAAAGCAGAAACAAAAGUUCUAUCUUUUAUUGUCUGAAUCAGAUUCUGAUGCUGCUUUGUGGUCUUUUAGUGGUUUCUUUAUAUUAUGAGCAUAGAUAUUGCUAACACAAUUCAUGAAGCAUUUUCUCAUAGCAAGCUUUUUGGUUCUGUGCACUCGCAAAUGGAAAAUAACAAGGAAGGUGGCAAGGACCAAUCAAUUAGAAAAAAGAAAAGCAUACUAGUAGGGCCAUGGGGAGGAAAUGGAGGGAGUAAUUGGGACGACGGAAUCUUCAAUGGAGUGCGAGAAAUCACCAUUUUUUAUGACCGUUGCAUCGACUCCAUUCAGGUUGUGUAUGACAAGAACGGUAAGGCUGUAAUGGCAGACAAACAUGGCGGAGUAAGCGGCACUAGCAAAGCUGAGAUAAAAUUGCAAUAUCCCGGAGAGUAUUUAGUAAGCGCAAGUGGGAACUACUGUCCUGUAGUACACGGAGGAAGUCCUGUAAUUCGAUCGAUAACAUUUAAGAGCAACCGAAGAACAUUUGGUCCGUUCGGAAUAGAAGAGGGGACGCCAUUUACGCUCUCAAUGGACGGAUGUUGCAUAGUUGGAUUUACGGGAAGAAGCGGAUGGUACGUUGAUGGUAUCGGGUUUAGGCUAGGCCGGCGUCCUCAAUCUCCUAAGCUUCUUACAAAGUUUCAGAAAGGAUUUCAAAGACUUGGUAGCUCUGUUUCUAAACCUCCCGGUGCCUCUUUUAAAAAGGACAAUACUGAAAAGCCUUAUUAUUAGAUGUUCAGUGGUAUAUGCAUAUGCAUCAAUGAAAUAUUGAGAGACUUUUUAUUGAUUGGCUGGUGAAUAAUUACUAUCAAAUAAUCUAUUCACAUACAAAUUUAACCUAAUAGACAAGAAUUCGACUA